CACUAAUUCACAUACAAAGCCAUUCAUGGACUGAAAAGCAAGGACUGGACUUAUCUGGUGACUCAUACUGCGCAAUGUAUAAGGAUUUAUGGACGCUCAUGCCGAGCCUAAAGAAAACCUCAGCGCUAACUAUGUGUCAUCUGUAACUCAGCCCCGAGCUGCAGACUGGUAUUCACAGCAACAGGCACACAGCAUUUCCUCUUCGUGUUCCUGCAGAGCACCAACUGGAUGGACACAAAAUCCAUGUUUUCUUGAUUAAAAACCCCCGGGGAUUUGUCCGACCAUGGAUUAUAGAUUUUCACGUCUCAAGAGAUUUGGACCCAAUAAAGAAGUGGUUUAAGAUUACUCAUCAAAUUUGAUGGAAGGAAAAUGAUGGAACAACCUAUCAAAGAUAUACUUUUGGGUUCUCCAAAGUCUUCAGACCCUAUGAUGGCAGAGAAGCGUGCCAAUGACUGUGUGAUUACAACUAUUCCAAGAGUCAAUGAAACCCAACUGACUGCAGCCACGGGUGGAGCAGAGCUGUCUUGCUAUCGUUGCACUAUCCCUUUUGGAGUGGUUAUACUAAUAGCGGGCAUUGUGGUCACAGCGGUGGCCUAUAGUUUCAACUCUCAUGGAUCCAUUAUCUCUGUAUUUGGGCUGGUCCUUCUCUCUUCUGGACUUCUUCUGGUGUGCUCCAGUGCAAUGUGCUGGAAAAUCCGGCAGCGAAAAAAGAGAGCUAAAAGGAGAGAGAGCCAGACGGCAUUGGUGGCCAACCAAAGGAGUUUGUUUGCAUAAACAGUAGAGGACAGCCGAAAUGAUGUGGACUGCGAUUGUUCAGAAGUAUAUGGAAGCAAGCUUUGUCCAUUGAGCUGAAGCCAUGACAAGUAUAAUAGGGUUCAUUUUGAGAUUUGGGGUCAGGCCAGCUCUUAUAUUGUUAUCUAACAUCAGUUCAUAAAUUGGAUAUUACAAAGAUGUCUGAUCAUAAUAUUCGGCUGGUUGGUUCAAAUUCUUCAUGGUGUACUCAUUUGGCUUUGCCGGCAGAGCAGCAAGGUUAUGUACAUACCUGCAUUUCAUUUGUUGUAUUCCGACUCCUGUUCACUAUAGAGGCCAAUGACCUCCUUGAUGGGAGCGUUUCAUGCCCAAUGGUUGUCCAUCCUUGUCUGAUCAAUAGGACAAACCUUCAGUGCACACCAAGGUGCACGUAGCAUAAGUUUACUUUGCUUUGUUAGGCCAGUUGUGUUAUGAAGUCAUUGUUAAUGUGGUCUAUAGUAAUGCAACAUCAGCUGUCAUCUUUAUGGAUGUUGACUCCUGUUAUAACUCAAGCCACAUUAAAGUGAAGUAAGCGAGGGGAACUGCACAUGAAUAAUGUAAUAAUAGUUGUAAAGACGUUAGAAGCCUAUUAGAUGCAUCAUUAGAUUAAAAAAUGACUUCCUAAUGAAUGAUUUAUGUUUAAUUUGCACAAAAUAUACUUGCAGACACUAGUAAUAAAAAAUAUAUUAAAUCGACAGUGAUACACAGUAGCAAAAAUGAUGCCUAGAUAUACUCAGAACAGGCAAAUAGUUCCGGGCUCCUAAUUAUGAGGCUUUGGUAAUAUGCAAUAUACAACUCAAAUAUAAAAAACAGUAAAAUCAAGACCAGCAGAUAUAUCUGGCUAGUAUCUAUUCUAUUUGAAGGCGUUCCAGCGCUUUCCAGUUCAAGACUUGUCACUGAUUGUGUUUCGGAGAAGAGACAUCUCCCUAGGACCUACCUGCUCAGGCAGUUAUUGGCCACAGCUGUGUGCAGCCUCAAGUAGGUCCUACUGAGAUGAUGCAUAUCAGACGCAGGGACAAGUGAUGGAGAGUCGAGGACUGGAAGGCAGUGGAAACGGAGAUGAGAUUUACUUCACAUGGAGUCUUUUGAUGUGUAUAUGGUCGGUAGUUUUAGCCAAAGCCAGGACACAGAGGAAGGUGCACAUUUUUCCAUGCAUUAGUGCAUUAGUGCCACCCCAGGUUUUGGCUGAGAACACCGACCAAAAAAAAUAAAACAGCCAUGCAGUUUUGGGUUGUCUGUAUUCCUUUGUGGUAUCUAAUGACAAGAUAUGUAUCGUCAACUUGUCACUCAAAUUGUAUUUUAUCUUGAGAAAUGUUUUGAUUUUGCCUUCAAUGUUGUACUUUUAAUUUUAGGUGAUCCUCAUGGGGGCCAAAUGAGCUUAGUCAGGUUAUCCAAA